CCGGUACUUAGUGUCCUUAUGUCCGUGCUAGGACAGGCGCACGCACACCUUUUAACUGCCAGACCGAGGAAAAUGAGUUAUUAUGCCACUUAAAGAUUUUUUCGUAAACUCUUAGAGCGUUUUUUUUUAAACCGCAGAGGAAGGACAUCCUUCCACUCUCCUGCUCCUGCUCCUACUUCAGCACUGUAGGCUACAUUUCAGCGAUUAGACAAGAACGCGGUUCGCAUCUGGAAGGGGAAUGAGCCAAUGAGGUUGCUGAAACGCCAUGGUUGUGUUUGCAAGAAAUUGACAUUUUGCACAACAAAUAAUUUGUCAGAAAUUUUACAAAUAUGUGGAAUUAGUGAGCAGUCUUAAAUCAUGAAAGAUUUUGUUUCUUGAGAGAUUGUCUCACCCAAAUUGAUUUAAGAUCUACACUUUAAGUAGUGAGCGAAAUUAAAAUGUCUGGUCAGUUCCCUACACAUCAAACUGGAGCGCCUGUUACUAUGAACAGCUUUUCCAGUUGGAAUCAGCAAGGUAAAAGUGUUCCUACUGGAACUUCACAAACUGUUCAUGGAAUGCUACCGCAAUCGGAAAUGCAACCUCUUAAUCCAGCUGCUGCUUCACCUCCAAAACCUUCAAAGUUUGUCAAUACAGCACAAAAUGGCGCUGGUAGCCAUGUGCCUUCAAGUGUCAUUAGUCAAAAUUCUCAAUCAUCUUUAGCUGAUAAUUUAAGACAGAAUUUUAUAAUGAAUUUCAAUAUGAACCAAGCCCCUGGGCAACCUUCCAAAUUCCAAAGCAAUGAGACUACUAUGAUGCCCACAAUUGUUUCAAGUGGAUCGAUGGAUUUGUCAAGAGCUCCAAGGACUCUGGAAGGAGAGCACAGUAAGGUUGUUCCAUCGGUUGUUCAACAAACUAACCAGAAUCAGAGUGUGAUCUCGAGUGCCAUUGUGUCAUCAGCAUUUAAUGGCGAAAUUCAUUCAAGAACCUCUAGUGUUAUCGCAAAUUCAGCCCCAUCACUUAGCAAUAAAGGAUCAGAUGUGUCUGUUCCGACCACUUUAACUAACAUCAAACAAGAUAUUAUCCAAAAAGAUUCAAAUAUUGCUGCUAAUCCUAAUCCCAAGGUGGAAGGAAGCGCAGACUUGGCUUUGAAAAUGGAACCUCGGAUAGUUAAAGCUGAGCAAAAGUUGCCACCACCAUAUUCAAUUGUGAGGGAGCCCCCACUCAAGAAGCUGAAAGAAGAGCCUGUAGGAUAUGUAAAUAGUUCUGUGAUCAUGAACUCAUCAAACCAUGAAAAAGUUAGGGACACCAAUGCUUCCUCAUCUGGAAAGAUUGGGGGCCAAGGAAGUCAAGGUAAUAUUGGUACUCCUGCUUCCACUUCAGCUGCUAAACAAGAUGCACUUGAUGUUGAAUCUCAACUUGAAGCCCUGUUUGCUGGAAUAGCUGAUACUGGAAACACUAGCAAGGAAUCAAAGCCACCUGUAAUUUCUAAUAGUCUGCAAGGCACACCAAAUGUUGCAGCAGUUCUAGAAAGCAAGGGGUCCAGCUCAAAGAAAGGAAAGGGCAAACAAAAUGGUGUUGCUGGGGCAUCAUCUACAGAAACCACCCCAAAGAAGAAGAGGAAAAAGAAACCUGCUAAAGACAAACCAUGGGAUGACAGUAAGAAUAAAAAAUUGAAGAAAGGCGGCUCAAGUAAAGGGAAGUAUGUGAAAGAGGCAUCUUGUGAUAGUGGAAGUAAUGCCAGUUCAAGUCGGGUCCGAGGGCCAGUUGUUCACAUUGAAGGCACUAAAGAUGCCCCCAUUUCUUUAGUGGUAGUUAAUGCUCCAGCUAGACAAGAUGAUGAGGAGAAUGACAGCAAGAAAAAAUCAGCCUCAACCCGUAUUCGAAAAAUUCAUUUGACUGAAGGUAAACUCUCAAGUACUGGUCUCUGUAGCAAUUCAUUAGUAACUAGAUAUGAAUCCCAUUCCUCGGACCCACGUUGGGUUUGUGUUUUCUGUAAGAAAGGCUGUCAUAUUGAUGGUCUUGGGGACUUAUUUGGCCCUUACCUUAUACAUCAUGACGCAGAGCUAGAACGCUCUUUGGAUUUAGAUGCUGAUUUAGAUCGCCGAGGAGGUGACAAAAAGGAUAAAAAGAAUAAGCGUAUUGGACUUGGGCAAACUGGAGUGCUAGGCCUUCUUCCAAUACCUCCUCUACCUGGAGAACAGUCCCAAUUCAUGGUUUAUUUUCAUGAAUAUUGUGCUGUUUGGUCACCAUCUAUCAACCUCAUUGGCUCAAGAUUAGCUGGCGUUCAGGAAGCAGUAUGGGUGGCCGUUCGCACUAAAUGCAGCCAAUGUCUUUCUGAUGGGGCUAAUAUUGGAUGCAUCCAUCAUGGCUGUUCUCUUCAAGUCCAUUUUCCUUGUGCUCGAGAUGGAAGCUGGAGCUUAGAUGAAGACACUUUUACUAGUGCUUGUCAUAUUCACAAGAAGGUAGGCCAAACUCCUAUUCUACCUGUAGCAACCAUCUUAUGAGAGAGUGAUGGGUUCCUGCAUAAGUUUCCAAUUCAGUUUGUAUUUGAGUAGCUUGUCAGAAACAUGGGUUUUUAUUUCUUUUUAUAAUUAACUGCUGGAAGCAAACUGUGCUUAGGUACUUCUUGUGGAAUCCAUUGGUUUGUUAAGUACUUCUGGUUGUUUUUUCAAAUUUCCAGCCGAAUGAGGUAGCUUCUCUCAACAUUUUAUGUAAUAUAUUUAUUAAUUUAUUUAAAUUUUAAAUUAAUGUGGCUGUUUUUAUGGGAUGAAAUUACUGUUCAAAUCAUGUGGGAAACGAUUUAUCUCCAAAUUUCUUAAUUCAAACAGCUCAACAAGCUGCUUAAAAUGUUUGUGAUACAUUGAUUGUAUUUCUCCUUUCAUUUUUUAUAAACUUUCCUCUGUACGGGUGAUACAAUCUUGAUUUGUAGUCUUUGAUUAAUCUGUUAAAACCAGUAUUACUUGAGGAUACUUUAUGAAGUUAAGGAAAGAUCUUCAUUUUUGCCUUAUUACAGAGAACAGAAAAAGUUUAUGUAUUUUUGUAAAUACUGUACCAAGUUUUUCUCUGAUCAGUUGAGCUUUAUUAAAAGAGAACCACAAGUGGUCAUUUUUUAAUGAAUUUAUUCAACAACUUUUGAUGAAUUGCUAUUCUAAGAUUCUUAUGUGAUUCUCAAAUGGACUGGUAAAACUGCACUAAUGCUUUUAGUGUCCUACCUGUAAUUAGUUCUUACUUUGUGAUGUUAAUAAAUAUCAUAGGACAUUGCGAAGGCUAAAUGUAAGCCAUCAAUCCAACCUUAUUCUCCUAAGUAUGAACUCUUUUGACAAUGCAAGCUGCACUGCUUGUUUGGUUUUUUGGUUUAAAUUGUUUGGUUUUACUCCCAGCAUAUGUUGUCUGGCAACUUAACAUGCAAUUGUUUCCCACUCUGACCAAUUCCAUUUGUCUUAAUGUACAUGUAUCUGCUGCCAAUUUGUAAUUUACCCCACCUUUCUAAUUGACCUUGUUAUUCAGAGCUCUUUUGAUUUAUUUCAAAAUAGGAUGACCUUGUAUGUGAUUUCAUACUGUGAACUCAAAAUGUGUAUCAACUUAAGCUCAUUUUGUACUCUUUGGCUAUAAAUUGUAUCUGAUUCAUUCAAUUAAGAAAUAAACUAGCAGUCUAACUGUUGGUAAACCACUAGUA